AUGGGCAGAUCCUGGAGGUUGACGAGGAUAGAGAGACAAGGACAGCUUCCGACCUUCGGGGAGAGAACAGGGACAGGCCAGCAGAAUGUCACGCAAACCCCCUUUCGGAGGACUGAUGUCGACGUUCCGUCGAAAUUGGGCCCCCAUACAGUGUACAAGUACAGGAUGGGUGGAUGGAACCCUCCCCUCCCCCUCAUUGCGAUGCAUUUUUUGGAAGCGAACGACCCCACGCCGGCAUGCUCUGAACCGGCAGCGAAUGAAGACCCUGUCGUCAUUGGCUUCAGAAAUCAAGAAUCAAGCCAACCUGGGGAACACGUCAUCUGGGAUGAUUCUGGCAUGACCUCAUCUGUUCUAUCUGAGAUGAGCAGGCUUCUGGCUCUGGCCGAAGAAACGAGAGCCUCUGAGAUCACAUUCAGGGUUACGGGUAACAUGAAGGCUAGGGAGGAGGCCGGGGAGUUCACGAUGCAAGAAACGGCAGAACCCGGGGGAUCAUCGGGUUUGAAAAUCGUCCAACGCGAGCUUGGUUACAAGAAAGGAGAUCGCUUCCGCAUUGAGAACGGAAGAGGAAGACAAGUUCUAUUUUCGAUGUAG